UCCGUUUCGACUCUUCUUCGUGUGGCUUUCCCGGCAGACGAGACGUAUAUUGCUAUCUUUCACAGGUCGUAGUGUGAAUUUCACAUUUUGUUCACAGAAAAGUAGAUUGGGGGGAUUUAAUUGCACCACCAUCUUACCCUACAUACACGCCACUAUUCCCAACAAACCCACCACCUCUUCCCACUAUUUUGUCCCUAAAAGUUAUCUGCUACUACUACCAAAUCAAUCUUCUGGAAUUUCUGCUCCAUCUGUGCAGUGCAAUUAAGACAAUGAGAUGAUUCUGUUCAACAUGAAUGGAGAUCAGGGAUUUAUUGUGGGAAUUUAGGUCAUUAAAGUAUUAUUACAUUUCACUUGUUUUUCUUACAAUGUACUCAUAUAUAGAUUUUAUUAUUGUAUCGGGUAUUUUUUUAAAUAUAUUUUGUGUUAAAAUAAAGCAAAUGUUAUGUAUUUUUUGGCAUAAAUAAACAUUGUUCUUGAAUAUAUUAAUAUAUUAACAUCAAAGGGAGGAACAAGGCUGCAACCACCAAUCACUUGCUCCGUCUACCCAACCUGUACUCACCUAGACUGUCUAGAGUCUAGACUGACUCAAUAAUUACUGUUGUUGUCACGUUCUCUUGCAUAAUUCAACGAGCGAGUUAAAAAUCAACAUGCUUAGCUCUAGAUUACACCUAUCUAAACAUACAUUACAUUGCGAUAUCAGACGUAAUAUCACUAUGCAGAAAAAUGUAUCCAUGCUUUUGUUACUUCUAGGUUAGACUACUGCAAUGCUCUACUUUCCGGCUACCCGGAUAAAGCACUAAAUAAACUUCAGUAAGUGUUAAAUACGGCUGCUAGAAUCCUGACUAGAACCAAAAAAAAUUAUCAUAUUACUCCAGUGCUAGCCUCCCUACACUGGCUUUAAUGCUAACCUACAAAGCAUUACAUGGGCUUGCUCCUACCUACCUAAAGAUAGACUUCACUUCUGCAACGGAACACUUUCUAUGAUUAAAAUAUUUGACGAGGCUCUACAUGGAGUACUGUCUCAUGAAGUCCCACCCUCUCAGGCCCCAGAGCCUGAACAGGGUAUUUUGUUUUUCAUGACUGAAGGAAAUGGGAAUGUAGUUUUGUAAAAUGUUAUUUUCCCAUCCCCAUACUGGAAUUCACAUUUAUUUUAUGAUUUUUUUCCCCCCACCCCCGUCCAGUUGGUGGCGGCAGUACACCAUUUGCGUGUAGUUCGCCAUAAAACCUCACAGAAGAAGAAGUUAACGGAAGUAAGCGUUGACCAAGAACAAUUUUCACGUUAGCGUUUUUGUUAGAUUCAUUAACAGAAAUGGAACUCAAACUAUGACUAAUUUAACUGCACACAAUCACAUAUUUGCAAUAGGUAGUAUUUAAUUUGCGUUGGAGACAAGACUUGGUUGAUAGAUGUUAGGUAACGCUAGCUAGCUGUUAACAAUGGAUAACGGUAUGGUUUUUCACACUCAAAUAGCCUCCAUCAUGGAGGUACUAGCGAAUGCAGCCGUGGCAGAGAUCUGUAAACUCGUAGACGACGACUAUGCAGUGUUUCGUUUGGAAAUUUCCCAAAGCCAGAAAGAAAACAGGGGAUUGCGGAGGAAACUACAGCAACUGGAACUGAAGGUGGCACGGGAGCGCGUCCUCGCCAGUCGUCCCAGUAGUGUCAAGAUCCUCGACCGAUACAGAGGAAUGACAAGAGGUGAAGGACAUCUCACUGGAGGCCACAGGAACUUUGUGAAGCCAGCGGGACACAGUACAUGGAGAGAUGACCAACCAAUCACUGUUGACGAGGGAAGUGGAACCUCAACCCAGCACGUUAUCAUGAUAGAGUCUGCAGAGGCAGCAGGUCCUGCGGUCAAGCUGGAGAGGUCUGAAGGAGAAGAGGACCCAUGGCACAGUAGAAACAUCCAGACUGGAACGGCUGGCGUGCACCCUGUAGCCACAGUGCAGCCCAGGACCCAACACAGCAUCACGGAGGUCAGUGGAACGCAGAACGUCUUCCUCAAGUCAGAAACAGAUAUCGAGACUUUAACGGUGCUGGACCGACUGGGCUGUACUCCUGCUCCCCACUCAGAGCAUUUACUUUAUGGUAACACGAGCCCGAGGACAGUUUUGUCUCAUCAGGACCCAAGUGACUCGUUACAGACUGGCAAUGAUCUAUCCUGUUCAUACUCUACAGGGACAGAGAUGAUACCUGGUGACAUGUCUGUGGGCUUAGAUACACAGACUAAUCCAAUGAGAGGGAGCUGGAACCAGUACAGUAGUAGUGUAUAUUCUGAAGGGUGCCUAGAUAAGAAAGGGGAGGGUCUGGUCGUAGAUGAGGUAAAAGUGGAGGGUGACACUCCUCUGACAUGGAAUGCAGAUGAGACUCAGUUAGGACACUCGCAGGGCAACACUAGUGACUUCUUAAACAACAGGGAAAGCUUAGAGUCAAAUCUAAAUGUCGCAACCAACUCCCCUUUACAUGCGUUCAGGGAUCGCGACCCAGUGUCUAAGUCGAUGGCACCUUCCGAUUCACACGGCCGCAUCCUUUUCGAUCAGGUAUUGAACUCAAACAACAGGGCUCGAGCUCAGGCUCAGCGAGGGGGAGCCACAUCAGGCAAUAGUAAAGAGAAACGUUUCCUCUGCAUGUUCUGUAACAAAGGCUUCAGCUGCCUCCAGAAGGUGGAGGUUCACCAGAGGAUCCACACUGGGGUGAAACCCUUCAGCUGUACCCAGUGUCACAUGUGCUUCAGCCAAGCUGGCACCCUGAAGAGGCAUCAUAGGGUACACACAGGGGAGAAACCAUUCAGCUGUACCCAGUGUCACAUGCGCUUCGCCCAGGCUGGUGACCUGAAGAGGCACCAGAGGGUCCACACGGGAGAGAGGCCCUUCGCCUGUAUGCACUGCAGGAUGAGGUUCUCAGAGAGGAGUUGCCUCAGGACACACCAGCAGAAAAACCAUUCCACUGUAUAACAUAGAAAGUAAAAAUUCCACCCAACAGCUUCUGACUUUUAGAUCAAACCCUACAUUAAAGACAAAGAUUUAUUGUCAUUGUUGUCAGCAGAAAAGAUCCACAGAUGAAUUUGGAAUAAUCAGAGUAACAGAUUUCAGUGUUCAAUAUUACUGGGUAGAAUAUUGCAUCCAGACAUUGUGUGAUAUAUAAGCCUAAAGUCUGAUACAUAUUGUGUUUGUAUUGUGUAGGAUAUAUGAUUUUCACAAAUGCCUUUUUCAUUGCUUCCAUUCAACAACAUAUUUUUUUCCCCCCAAGACACUUGAAUGAAUGCAGUUGUUUUUGUUGAUGUGUAUGUGUGGUUUUCAUAUGAUAUAUUUAACACUUUUUUAUGUUUAAUAAACACAAAAUGUGACUU